AUUGGGAUUAAUCCAGGCCUGUUUGCUGCUUAUGUAGGUCACCAUUAUGCGGGUCCAGGAAACCAUUUCUGGAGGUGUAUGUACUUGUCAGGUUUGAUACCUGAACCAAUGAGUGCAUAUGAUGACUACAAGCUACUUAGUUUUGGAAUCGGCUUCACAAAUAUCUGCGCUCGCACAACAAGAGGAAGUGCUGACUUAAAAAAACAGGAAAUCAGAGAUGGUGCUGAGAUCUUGAAGAAAAAACUCUUGAUGUAUAGACCCAAGAUAGCCGUCUUUAAUGGGAAAGGUAUUUUUGAAGUCUUCAGUGGAAGCAAAAAUUUCAACAUUGGUAAACAGCCUGAUAAAUUGGAAGGAACUGACACU